AUGCUAACGGCGUGCGACGACAAGACGGUGAACAUCUGGAGUCUCGAGAAACAGCAGUUCUACAAGCGGCUGGUCGGCCACACGAAGAACGUCACCGGCGUCGCAGUCUCGCCGAACACGAAGUUCAUUGUCACGUGUUCGCUCGACAAAACGGUGCGCUUGUGGAACACCAUGGGCGAGGAGCGCUUCUGUUUCCGCCCCAAGGGCACCGAGGAGGCGAUCACCUGCAUUGUCUUCAGCCAGGAAGAGAAGCGCAACCUCAUCAUCGCGGGCUGCGCCGACGGCAGCAUCAAAAUCUGGUCGCUCGACGACAUUGUGCAGCUGCACUCGCUGCAUGGACACACCGGCACGAUCAACGCCAUCGCGCUCUCGCCCGACGGCUCGCUGAUCGCCUCCGGCGGCAGCGACGGGCGCAUCCAGCUGUGGGACCUCACCGAGUGCAGCCACGUCUACACGAUCGACGUCGGCAGCCCGGUCCAGUCCGUCUGCUUCUCGCCGGCGAACUACUGGAUCAGCGUCGCGACCGAGACCGGCAUCCGCAUCGUGCACUUGGAGAAAAAAGUGAACUUCAGCUACAUCCGCAUCGUCGGCGACCAGCGCCCCGACAACAACGAGAAACCCAGCAAACAUUUGCCCUGGAUCACUUCGCUCAACUGGUCGCACGACGGCACUUACUUGUUCGCCGGCUCCAGCGACUCGAACGUGUACGUCUUCGGCGUGCGCCCCGAAGCGGUCUACUAA